CGUCAAGUAUGUCAUAUUUUGUUUCGUAACAAUUUAAUCUUUCAUUUAAUACAUAUACCGUAAGAAUAAUAAGGUUGAAAAUGGAUAUGAAUAUUUGGUCGAAUAAAAACAUUGUGCAACAUUCAGAUUGAAAAGCUAGCUAAAAUAUCUAACUCAAGAUGGAUGCAACUCCAUCGGACAAAGAGUUUUGGAACUACAUGAAACUUCUGACCUUCACUCUUGGAAUUGGAAUGGAGGUUUUACACCAUUACUUUGAACAGAAAAUUUUGAAUACUAUGAAGUUUUUCGUGUUUAUAGAUCGAUACAAACAUAAUUUGUUUCACGAAUGUUACCCUAGAGUGCCAUGUUGUCAGUGUUCUGAAAAUAGUCUUGGUUUGUCUUCUAAAAAAGGAUGUCUAGACAAACUACAGUUUCAGUCAUUGUUUAAUAUUGCCUGUCCAACUGAACAUGACCAUUAUCAAUUAGGACACAAUAAUGAGAUCACCAAGGAGUGUUUGUGCAGAAUCGAUGCAAAAAGGUCCAAUGAUGUUGACUGUAUGGAUAUAACUCUAAUGUAUGCAAUUCUCAAAUCAUGUUUUAUAAACAACAAUAUGUCCAUACAUGGACAUCCAAAAUAUUUUGAAACUAUCAAAGAAACGAGGAAUUUUUUGGCACACACAGCUAAUCAACGCAUUUCCGAAUCUGAGUUUAACAGUAGACUGACUGAAACUGAACAAGCUAUUUUAGGAAUAGCUAGUACAGUAGGAACCUAUUUUGCAAAAGUGAACAAGAAAAAAAUAGAUUUAUUCAAAAUAGAAGAAUUAUCAAUGGACAAAAUCAAAGACAUCAUCGAGAGCAAUGCUGAUGAUGUUAAAAAGAAUCUUUGUGUACUGAUUGAAGAGCAGAAGAAUACUACAGCGUUAGUAAAACAUGUUAAAGAUGAGAUAAUUCAACAUUUUACAAAACACAAAGAUGAAUUGUCGACCGAAAUUGGAAAUCUGAGAUUUGAAGUUAAACAAUAUACAUCAGCAAUGUCCACUACUUCGCAAAAACCAACGAUUCACACACAAGGUGAACCCCAUCAAUUAGAAGCAGCAUGCAGUUCAAAUAGUUCUGACGUACAAAUGACGGAAAAUGAUAAAAAAAUCAGUAAAUGUCGAGUUGAAUGGAGGCUCGAAACACCAGACGAAUGGAAUUUAGCAGAAAUCAAAGAAAAUUUAGAAAAUUGUUCUCAUUUGUUACGACGCUAUUUCGAAAUAGAAUUUGUUUAUGUUGGAUCUUUAGUUAUAAAAACAUUAGUACCACGACACAUUUUGAAUGAUAGAGAUCAAAUGCAAAGGUCCGUACAUUUAUUUUUGGAAAAGGUUUUAGAAGUUUGCAAAAUCAAUACAGAUGAAUCUGCAAUCAUCAAAGUAGCUUUAAUAGUAUCUGAGGAAUCCUGUUAUCAAGAAAAAGAGAGUGAGAUGCAAUAUUCGGAAGUCCAACAAAAACGAAAAUCUUCAGACAAAGUCGAAGAAUGUAAAAACUGUCAACAGAAAGAUAAAAUAUUUUAUGGCAUGAAAAAAAAAAUAUAUGAAGUUCGUAAAGAGUUGGAAUCUAUCGUAUAUGAAAAAGAGUAUGAAAUGCAAUAUUUUAAAAAGUCUAAAAAGAGCAGAUAUGUUGACCAAAUAAUAAAAUGCGACAGCUGCGAGCAGAAAUAUGAAACCAUUUCUGGAAUGAAAGAGAAAAUAUCUAAUGUAGGAAAAGAACUAGAAUCAGUGGUCAACGAACAAGUCGAUAUGGAUUUGCUUGGAAAAAAGGCACAAGUAGCAAUUGUACAAAAAACCAUAGACUUGCAACAGUGUCCUACAAAUAAGCAGCUUGCCCAUUUGAGCCGCAUGCUAAGCAUUGAUAGCUGUAAAGAAUUAGUAAUACAGCUUGAGGUUUCCAAAGAUACGUUAAAGUCUAUUUGGGAUGAAUACAAAUAUCACCUGGAUGAUUACAAAUUCAUGAUGUUAUGGAAAUGGAAGGAGAAUACCAAUUGUAGUUCUUUUCAGGAUUUGUUAGGGGCAAUGAAAGAUAUAGGUGAAGAUGACCAGAAAAUAUAUCAGGUUUUCACAAAAGAAGAAUUUCCAAAAGGUAUUGCUAAACUGCCUCUUAAUAGCAUUCCGAAACCAUUAUUUUUGGAAGAAUUGGGCACUUGUAUCGGCAUUAAAUCCUUCCAAUUAGCAAUUGAGCUUGAUUUUGAUAUUGCAGAAAUUCACCGCAUACGUUUGGAAUCAGGUCGUAACUUGCGCGAUGAAACACGAGAAAUUUUAAAGCGGUGGGUUUUACGUAAAGAUGUUUCUUUGCGUUCACUUGUUGAAGCACUGAACAAAAUUCAGAGAGGGAUGGACUGUGUCUAUAAACAUUACGGUGAUUGAAAUAACUGUGUCCGAUACCAAACAAAAUUAGUUUUUUUAAUCUCUGUAAAGGUUUUCUCUUCUUUAAUAUUUGCUCUAAAUUCAAAUUUAUUGAAAUAACUGCUGUUUGUAAGUUUUGUUUUAGUAUAUACAGUACUUGUAUAGUUAUCUCUACUGACUUAACGAUAAGUCAGCCGUUAACGAUGAUGCAAUGGUCAGUCUUCGAUCAGACACCGAUCAGUAAGGGUUUUAAAUAUUUUCUACUAACGUAUCAGUCUGUUUAUCUGAUCGGACUGAUAUUGUCACAGAUGAAGUCUUUAGUAUAUAUCGGAUUAUUGUUGAUGCGAAAUGAACUCAUGUUAUAAGUUGAAGUUUUUCAUUAACAUUGAUAUAUAAGUAAUAUUUUAAAAAAAGAAAAAAAAAACUAAUUUAAUUAUUUAAGUGUUCUUCCCUUUUCUCCUUUGAGUGUCACAUCAGAUUACUAAUAUUAUACAAAUCUGACAUUCAUUCAUCAACAUGAUUUCUAUAACAAAUUAAGGCAACAAUAGUUUAACCAGAAAAACGUUUCGUUGUUUUUGUCUCGCCAGCGACAAUAAGUAAAAACCAGUAGGUAUCGGUUCAGCUUUGUAUUAUAUUAUAUUAUGGCGAAAAAAUUGUUUUUGGCGAAAAUGUAUUGCGAAAGAAGUAUAAAGGUUCGUCCAUCUAGCUUAUUUAUUCGAGUAUGUCGGACAGUUUUUUUUAUCAAGUAAAACAACAACGUUCUAACCUUGAACUCGUCAUAUGGAUUGAUUUUUGACAGAAAAUCAAUAAUCAACUGAUUGUGAAAAAGUGCAAGUAUUUUAUAGCUAUCGACAAUUAAUAUCCAUGUUACUAAUACGUAUAACUUGUAUGGAUUAAUAAAAUUGAGUUGUCAAACGGCUUCAUAUGUCACUAUAAUGAGUUCUUUUAUCAACUUUACAACUUUAGCAAGCUAUUUGUUUUGAAGUGUGUACUUUACAUUCGUUUAAACGCUUCUAUAUUUAACAAAGUGUUACGUUUUAACUUUCACUUUCGUCGAUGGUUCUGUGAUCUUUUUUUUUUAAAUAGACAACAUCAAAAAGAAGAAUAUUAUUUGAUUCUUAUCAACUAGACGGGAUAAACAUAUAUAAGAUGAAUUGAUAUCUGAUGACGUUUCAAAUAUAAAUAUUGACACUCAGAUAUCCAUAUCAAAAUGAGGCAGUAAAAAAGUUAGGUUGCCUUUUAAUGUAAUUUGACAGUAUCUAUAAAUGUAAAUAAAGAAAAUAUUAUUCUUAUUUGUAUACGUUUAUUAAAAUGUUGAUUAUGAAA